AUGAUCUCGCCCUAUGUACACCCCCAAUCACCCCCCAAUAACCACCACCUAAGCCAAGGAAAAAAAAUCCCUCUAAUAAAAAAACAAAUUGUGUUGCAAAACUUUCAACAAAGGUCAAAUCAUAGAAUAGAAUUCAUCCAAAUGUUAAUCACAUCUGUUCUUCUACUUCUUCAGUAUGGUCUAAGUUAUCAGCAACAACAUGGUCAUUAUUACCCACCAACGGAUCAUACACUUGGAGAUGAUGAAAUUAUCAAACGAGGUGUUCAAGAAUUACAUGAUAUUGAUGCUGCCACCGAUUUAAGUGAAUGCUUAACAUGCAAGACAAGGUUACAAGUGGGCAAGUUCUUGGCUUUGACAAGACCCGAUUUGGUUCCACAGGUGUUUUCUACGUGGUGUAUUGAACUGAAUCAUGAUGAAGUACAAUGCCAUAUGAAUUAUGGAUAUCCUGAUGAAGGUUAUUCUGCUACUGGUAACGAUUUCACCAAAAUGGUUAGCCUAAUGAAUCCUUCAGGAUUGGGUGGUGAUUAUUUUUGUUAUUAUCACGAUAAGAAUUGUCAUGUUUUACCUGAAACUCCAAUGGUUGAUAUGAGCAACAUGUGGCCACCAAAACCAAGAAACUACCUACCCCCAGAUAGUAGUGGUGAGGUUUUCCAUGUUUUACACAUUAGUGAUAUCAAUUUGCAAUUGGAUUAUGAAGUGUUUGCUGAGGCAAAUUGCACUCAAAGCUUGUGUUGCGCACCACAUAGUCGUAACCUCAAAAACCAAGCUCCAUCCGUGAAUGAGAAUGCUGAUAUAGAUGGAUAUUAUGAUAGCAGUUAUAGCAAAAACCAUUUUGAAAAAGGGAGAUAUUUGGAUAUCACCAGGAUAAAAAAGCCAACAUGGGCACCGGCAAGACAAUUUGGAGAAUAUACUUGCGACACACCCACAUUGUUAUUAAACAGUACUAUGCAAUGUAUUCGAGAUUUGCAUCAAAAUCAUUUAUCAUUUGAGUUUGCCAUUUUCACGGGUGGAACAGUUGAUCAUUCUGAUAGAAGCUUUAUGACCAAGGGUAGAAUCAUAAAAUCACAAGAAACUAGUUAUAAAAUCCUCAAGCAUUAUUUGGAUGAUGUUGAUGUGAUUCCAACAUUUGGAACUCGUGAUGUCUUCCCUAUGAAUCAAUUACCUCAAAAGAACUUGAGUGUCAAUUCAAAUGGAUACCAAUGGCAAUUUGAUUUAUUAGCCGAUAUUUGGCUGGAGUUGGGGUGGAUUGACCAUGAUACUGCAAAACAGAUUAGAUAUUCCCAAACUGGAUUUUCCUUGAAAACUUCAUUGGGAUUGAAGAUUAUAUCGUUAAACUCCAACGUUUGGAAUGUAAAAAACUUGUAUGCUUUCUGGGAUGUAUUAAAUGUUGAUUCAUAUGGAGUUUGGAAAUUUCUCAUCAAUGAGUUGAUUGAGUCUGAAAGAAAUCACGAACGGGUUUGGAUUAUAGCUCAUUUACCACCAAACCAUCAAUCACUUGCAUUACCGACUAAAGUAUUCACGCAGAUAAUCGCCCGUUUUUCUCCAAAAGUUAUCGCAGCCAUCUUCUUUGGUUGUAUUCAAUUGGACUCAUUUAUCGUUCAAUAUGGCGGUGAUGGAACCAAUGAACGUGAGUUGCAGAAUGCAUUCAAUCAUGCAUUGAUUGGUCCUCUGAUUAGCCCCUAUGGUGGAGUUAAUCCAGCUUGGCGAUAUUAUGCUGUUGACAAACAGAGUUUCAGUAUAACAAACUCUUUCACUUAUUACACCAAGCUUUCAAAUUGUUUCCAUAAUGAUGGAGCUGAACCUAAUUGGGAUUUUGCUUAUUCUGCAAGAGACGUUUAUGAUCCUGAACAAUUAUGGCCUCUGGAUUGGGGCUUGAGUACCGAGUGGUGGCAUCAUGUUGGAAAUAGGAUCUCAACAAAUCCAGAAUUGGAGCUUUUGUAUCAACGAUUGGAAACACGAUGGUCUCCAUACACAUUUAUUGAUAAAGAUAAUCAUUGCAAAGUCACCAGUUUUUCGCUCGAGGCAAGAAAACAAUGCAUGAUAACUGAAGAUCAAGAUGAUUAUGUUGAACCAAUGGUACCCAAUGAUUAUAUCCCCAUCAUUCACGUUGCUGAUAAGUCGGUCGAGUAUGUUGAAGUUGAACUACAGGAGGAAAAUGAAUGUGAUGAAGAUGACGAUGAAGAAAAAUUGGAAAAAAAUUAUGCCAAUUGGGAUGAUUGUAUUGAAGAGGAGAAUAAUUCAACUACGGCUUCAUUUACUAGCACUGCCGGAACAUCAGUAUCUCCUACAGGUAAAACUACUACGCCACCAAUUCCGAAAUCUAAAAAUCAAAAAGUGAAAGGCAAAUCACUUCACUUGAAGGAAAAAUUGAAUAAAAAUGUCAAUUAUGUUAAACAGCGAGUUAUUCAGUUGUAA